AGGGGAGGGGGAGGAGGGAGGAGCCGGGAGGGGCGCGCGCAGCCGGUUUCUGCGCGAGGGACCCCCAGUCGGGCUUGACUCUGGGCCUGGCUGGCUGGUGAGGCCUUCUUCCUGAGGCUUUCUUCCCUCCCAGGAAGCACCCACCGCGCUCGGCCAUGGAAGCCGAGGAACCGGGCCCCAGAUACUACACUCCUCUUCAACCAGCAUUUUAUCCUUUUUCAUUCCAUCAAAUGAUGACUGCUACAGAUAUGGAUACCUUGAAUGAUCAGGAAACUCCUCAGGAAAUUUUGGAGCAAAAUAUGGUUCAGGAACCUAUCCCAGCACCAGUUAAAGGAAGAAAAAGAAGAACUAAAUCUUCUGAGCCCAAAAAGCCUGCUGCUAAAGUCCCUAAAGCCCCUAAAGCCCCCAAAGUUCCUAAAGCUGCCAAAUCAAAAGGCAAACAGGAGAAAAUCACAGAUAAGUUCAAAGUCAAAAGGAAAGUUGAUCGAUUUAAUGGUGUGACUGAAGCUGAAUUGUUGACCAAAACUCUUCCUGAUAUAUUGACCUUCAACUUAGACAUUGUAAUUAUUGGUAUAAACCCAGGUUUAAUGGCUGCCUAUAAAGGACAUCAUUAUCCAGGUCCUGGAAACCACUUCUGGAAGUGUCUAUUUUUGUCUGGUUUAAGUGAAGAGCAGUUGAAUCAUAUGGAUGACCAUACUUUACCAUUUAAAUAUGGAAUUGGUUUUACAAAUAUGGUGGAAAGGACAACACCAGGUAGCAAGGAUCUUUCCAGCAAAGAGUUUCGGGAAGGAGGACGAAUUCUGGUACAGAAGUUGCAGAAGUAUCAACCUAAAAUAGCAGUUUUUAAUGGAAAAUGUAUUUAUGAUAUUUUUAGUAAAGAGGUUUUUGGAGUCAAGGUUAAAAAGCUGGAAUUUGGGCUACAGCCACAUAAAGUCCCAGAUACAGAAACACUUUGCUAUGUUAUGCCAUCGUCCAGUGCAAGAUGUGCUCAGUUUCCUCGUGCACAAGAUAAGGUUCAUUAUUACAUAAAACUCAAAGAAUUGAGGGAUCAACUGAAAGGUAUUAUACCGAAUGCUGAAAUCCAGGAAGUACAUUACUCAUUUGACUUGCAGCUUGCACAAGAGGAUGCUAAGAAGAUGGCCGUCAAAGAAGAAAAGUAUGAUCCAGGAUAUGAAGCAGCCUAUGGAGGUGCUUAUGGGGAGGAAACAACACCAGAGAGUGAGCCCUGUAACUUCCCAUCAAAUGGAACAGCAACUGCUACAGAGUACAGCAGUAGUUCUUCCUUUGGCGAAGUCGCCAAUGGACAAUGGAUGACCCAGUCUUUCACUGACCAGAUUCCAGAGUUCAGCAACUCUAGACCACAAGAGGAAGGAAAUGAUGCUUAAAGUCUGCCUGUAAGAGUCAGGCCUAAGUGCUGCAGGGUUUUAAACACAUUUGUCAAGAACGGUACCUCAGUUCCCCCAACUGAAGCAUUUUAAUAGCAUUUUACCUCUUAUUUUUUCUUAUGCUAACCAUUUGUGUUGUUAGAUUUAGGCAUAUGAAUUAUGUCACUUUAAAGAAAUGUCCCAAGUUUUUUUAAGAUAAAAAGCCCUUUUCUUUUUUUCUAUGAAACUUUUAUAUUUAAAUUGUUCCAUAGUUGCAGUUUUAGCAAACUGAAUCAUUUGUGACGAUCCAUUUCUUAUUUUCAACUUGUAUUUUGUAAUGUAACAGGUGGACUUAUAUUUUUAACCAGUCCCUUCAUAUGUUGGGAUAUUUCAUAUGUAGUUUAGUACAUCUAAGAAGGUGGGAAGAGGCUUUUAGAUUACACAUUGUUACAGGACAUUGACACAACGUGCAGUUGUCCACCACAUCUGUUACACAAUAAUAAACAGGCCUACUUUUUAGAUAGCUUCUUUGUCGCAGAAGCAACAUCAGGCAUUUUGCCCCUUUGUUUUUGUUUUUAAGGAGCUCAGUUUCUUAACUCAGUCCUGGAGCAUGCAUGUAGUUGCAUACAUCAUUUGCUUCCACCAAUUUAAUAUGUGAACUGUCUCGCUGAAAAACAUUAGGACUGGAGCACAUGACUGCUACCUGCUUUUACUAGAGUCAAACACUUUCACUCUACCUUUAUCUUGGUUAUUUGCUACUGCCUCAGCUGUCAUUUUCUUUUCUUAUCAACAUGCCAUUUCAUGUAUUCUCAGAAUGUUGACCAAGUAAAAGGAUAGUAAAUAAAGAGCAACACUCAAAAAGCAGGGGAAUUCCAGACAAGAAUCAGUCAGGGGCAGCUAUCACUUCCAAACAAAGAAUUCCCCCAGUCAGCAAUCAGCCAGGCUUUGAAGCUGCAAUGUCAUUAAAUGCUAAUCAAGGUGGCCAAUUGCAAUAUUCACUUACUUCAAGCAGACAGGAGUUCUUUCUCCCAUCCUGGACAUUCCAUACAUAUAUAAACCUCGCUUGCCUACUUUCCAACAGACCCCUCAACCUCUGAGGAUGACUGGCAUAGAUAUGGGCAAAAUGUCAGGAGAGAAUGCUUCUGGACCAUGGCCAUACAGUCCAAAUUCCAGCCAUGAAAGCAUUUGACAACACAUUGACCAAGUGUUUGACAUAACGUUGGUGCUCUGUUUGCUGAUACAUUGUGAGCUGUUGACGCCCAACUAGAAAAAGGGCAGUGCUUCCCAUAUCAGAUAACUUGGUUCAUUGAAACAGACGUGGAUAAUUGUCUUCCUUUGUCUUAGGCAGUGAUCUUUAAAUUCUAACCGAGGUUUUAUUAAAACACAUCGUAUUUCUCCUUUCCCUAUAUUUUGGCUCAGCCUUAAGAAGUAUUGCUUGUGGGGAAAAGACAGUACUAUCUUCAGUGUAGUAUCUGGGAUUUGAUUUUAACAUGAUGAACAGGACAUGUGGACCAGUCUUUAUUGUUCAGAAGAUGAGAGUACACAUACAUACACAUUUCUAGGGAAAUUUUUGAUAAUUCUCCCCUUGUUUUCCCUAUCUCAGGAAGAGUGGGAAAUCCUGCCUCGUAUCUAUUUCACUCUUUUUUCUCACUUUUAGAAUGAGUAACAUGUAGGACAGCUCUAGGAAUGGAAGAGUUUAAUAAUUCAACUCCACUCAAAUAGGAAGCAAAACUUUCCAGAAUUCAAUAAUUUUCCUUUCUUGGAAAUGUAACACUCCAUAUCUUACUGACCAGACUGUUAGUAGUGCUAGCAAGCUGUUCAAGUGUUUGGAAGCCACAAGCAUGCUCUGGGGAGUAUCUAGCCAUUUGCAAAACAUUUUCUAAGGUUCAGGGCAUGAUUCACUUUCAUUGCAAGUGCAGUAGCACUUGUUUUAUCUUUCACUUAUAGGCAACAUAAUGGCACAUUGAGGGAAUGGGAAAUCCCUGUGCUGCACCAUACUUCCUUUCCCUAUGCCUUUUAGGCUAAGGUUGUUGAAAAAAAUAUUACAUAUGAAUAAAAGAGGAGGCCCUGAUGUACCAAUGCACAGUUUGCAUACCUAAGUGAAGUUAAGCCUAAUUGGAAAACUGCAAGCUGGUGCUGAACUCACAAUGUAAGUGGAUCAUGCCCACUUUCUUUAGUUCAAUUGAGAUUGAAAAGAAUUGUCUUUGUAUUCUUCCGUCCCCCUCAAUCCACAAAAAGGGUAAGAUACGACUUAAAAGAAAAAGCAAUAAGAGAGUUAAGCGGAUUUGGAUAAACUGUCAAUCAGGUGCUCUAGAUACUUGAAUGAUGUGCAAGAACUGUGUUUACAUAAUAUGUACAUGAUUUCGAUCACUAUAUAAGUGGCAUUAGGCGUAAGUAGCUAAGUGGAUGGAUUGGAAAGUAAAAUAGUUCCAUAGCCGAUUCACAACUUUGGAACCUUUUCACUAUAUUAAGACUUGCUCAUGCUUAAGAUGUAGGCAUGUCUGUGGACUCCCACCUAAAUCAUGUACCUUAAUCCUAAAAUACAGUGUUUUGGUUUCAUUUUUUAAAUUAAGAUUCAGGUGUAUAUUCUACGAUCAUGUUGGUUACUUCCUGGGGGGAAAAGUUCAUUAUCUGGUCAACAGACUAAAUGAUUCAUUGGCAGAAUAAUCCUUUCCAUAUUUACUCAGAAGCAAGAUCUUCUUUUCAGUGGGAUCUGACUUGCUAGUGAAUAUGUCUAGGACAGGCAUGGGCAAAGUUUGGCCCUCCAGGUGUUUUGGACUUCAACUCCCACAAUUCCUAACAGCCUCAGGUCCCUUCCUUUCCCCCCUCAGUCACUUAAGCAGCUGGGGGGGGGGGGGAGGAAAGGGCCUGAUGCUGUUAGGAAUUGUGGGAGUUGAAGUCCAAAACACCUGGAGGGCCAAACUUUGCCCGUGCCUGGUCUAGGAUCACAGCCUUAGUUUAUCUUUUAUGUAUCGCUGUUUACAUGGACACUUUUUAGCAAGUGCUUGAAGUGCCUUGCAUCAGGGAUCUGGAACAAUUUUUAUUUUUAACAGACCUAUAUUAUUCCAGAUAAAUAGCUCAGUAGUAACUAUUGUAAAAGGGAACAUCUUGGAUUGAAAGAGGCAUCAUUAAAUUACUGAGAAAUAAAGUGCACAAUGGUUUAAUGAAAUGUGAAUACACAUCUCAAAUAUGGUGCUUUGAAACUGUACUUAAUAAUUUUGGUCUGCCAGUCUCUUGCAAAAAAAGUCUUAACAUGAAUUACUGGUGCUUAAUUGUGACAUUGUCUUGAUGCUGGAUUGCUAUUUGCUUUGAGAAGAAACAGUGAUAAAUUAUUUGAAAUGAAUAAAAGAAUUGAUGUUUAA